AUGGAGUCUUCCCUAUCGCCCGUCAAACCUGAGGAUGUGGAUGCGCUCGUGCGAAAAGUCGAGUUUCCUGCGGACCUAGACAAUCUGUUGCGUCGCCUGAUGUUCCCACGCUCGACGGAGCAGUGGGAUUAUAAGGAAAAUAAAAUAAAAUGGGCAAUCGAUGGUAUUUAUGAGGCAAUCGACCAAGAGAACGAAAUGCUCUAUAAGGCAUGUGGAACAGAUGGACUACCAGUCGGACUCAUAGGUUGGACCACCAGCUUGGAUGCCCCAUCAAAAAAGACCACAGAUGGUGAGAAUUGUGUCCUUUAUGACUCGGAAAUAAACAUUGGAGAAAGACGAAGAAGGAAGGCGAGGCAUCGCGACUUUUGGACUCCGCCCUCUUUAGAUGUGCCUUCCUGGCUUGACGUCUCAAGACUGCUGAGAGCAGAGAGGCAAAGAGUUCUUCAAAACUGGCAUGGCAAUGGGAUAUGCAGGAUCAUAUUCAUGGCUGUGGAUCCAGAUCACCAACGACAAGGCGUUGGGUCUACACUCUUGAAGAUGUUCUGUGACUUUGUGGACACGAAUGCACUUGACGUCUUCGUUCUGUCCUCUCCUGCCGGUAUCCAGCUCUACUCUAAAUUUGGAUUCAAAGCUGUCGGAGUUGUGGAAACAACAAAGGGAAGUUUUACUAGCAUGCUACGGACUUCAGGCUUGGAUUCCAGGCGAAAUUUGGCAUCAUCAUUUGUUAGUAAUUGA